GUGGAUUUACCGCCGGAGCUUUAUUUUAAUCGCCUUAUUGUUGUAUAUUUCAGAACGACGGUUUAACGAGGUUCUAAUACAGAUGGAUUUACCGCCGGAACGGGCAAAAAUUCUGAAAAGUUUCCCAAAUGAGAAGAAGUGGGAUACGGUGUGUGAUCACGAUCUCGUUCAUGCUAAGGAUCCCCCCCAAGAAUAUUUGACGAAACUACGGAUGUUUCUUGACCCCGGGGCCUAUAAAGGGACUCGAAAAUUAACUUCAACUUCGACCCAAGUCCUUAAAGACCUCGAGAUUUCCCUCAGGACGAAUCAUAUCGAGUGGGUUCGAGAGUUUCUAAGUGAAGAUGUUCGAGGACUCGAUGUUCUUAUUGAAUAUCUGUCCUCGAGGUUACUAGUGAUGCGACAAAAACUCGAGUUCGAGGAAGAGGAAUCAAAUCUGUCCGAUGGCGGUAGUUUCGGUAGCUCGAGUAAAAAAAUCAAUCUUUCCAUUCGAAGUCGAAAAUCCGAGUUGACUCGAAAUGAGUUUAGAAAAUCUGCCAAACGUGAGAAAGAUCGUAAAAUCGGCGAUGUGACGGACGAUAUUCAUGUGUGCAUUAUGUGCCUUCGAGCGAUCAUGAACAACAAGUAUGGGUUCAAUAUGGUGAUAAAGCAUAAACAGGCGAUCAACUCUAUAGCGCUGUCCCUAAUCCACAAGAAGCUGAGAACGAAGGCGCUGGUCUUGGAGUUGUUGGCAGCGAUCUGCCUUCUCAAGGGGGGACACAGUAUCAUUCUUUCAGCUUUCGAUAACUUUAAACAGGAGAUGCGAGAGACUCACAGGUUUGAAACCCUGGUCAGCUACUUCACGAGCCCUCAGGAGUUCCAGAUAGAUUUCAUGGUCGCCUGCAUGCAGUUCAUCAAUAUAGUCGUACACUCAGUGGAGGACAUGAAUUUCCGCGUAGCUCUACAAUAUGAGUUUACCAACCUGGAGCUUGACCUGUGUCUUGACCGGCUCAAGAACCAUGAAUCUGACGAACUGGCUGUUCAAAUAUCUGCUUAUGUGGACAAUGAGUUUGAUGUUGCUGCUCUGAUGGAGGAGGCUGAGAGUAAACAAGCUGCUUUGGAUCAGGUAGCAGAACUAGAGGACGAGUGUGCACGACUCUCAGAACAGCUUGCUGAAAUAGAAUCUGAAGCUAUGAGCCAGCAGGUGAGCUACGAGAACAGGUUGGAUGAGAUACAGAGGGAGGUCAACAUGUAUAAGGAGAAGGAAGAGAAGGUAGAAAAUGCGUUAAAACCUAACGAUAUAAAAGAUACAGUUUGGUACACAAUGAAUGAUGAAAAGAUCAUGAACGAGAUUGAUUUUGGAGCAUUUGAAGAGGCUUUUAAACUAAAUCCAGCUCCUCUCAAACAGAAUAUGGAUAAAGUAGAUGCACAGUCAUAUAAACAACCAGUGAAAACCUCUCAACUUGACUCUCUUAUGGAACAUACAAGGUUGAAGAAUGUUGCAAUUUGUAAAAGACGUCUACCGCACAUGUCUCCGGAAGAUUUAAUCGCAAAUAUUAAUGCUCUAGACAAUGCAGCAAUAGGAUUGGAUGCUAUAGAAUUACUGCAGCGUAUAACCCCGACAACUGAAGAAAUUAAACAAUACAGAGAUUAUGUAAAUAGUAAAAAGGAUUUAGAGAAACUCACAGAAGAGGACAGGUUUAUGGCCAAGCUUGCUAAAGUUGAACGUCUGGGUCCAAAACUCGAAAUAAUGUCGUUCAUGUCAACCUUCUUCGAGCUCGCUCAUGCAAUCAAACCAAGGAUCGAAGCUGUCUACCUAGGCUCAAAAUCCACCAGAAACUCGAAGAAAUUUCAGAAAAUCCUCGAAAUUAUUCUCGCUUUUGGUAACUACAUGAACUCUAGUAAAAAAGGGUCAGCUUACGGGUUCAAGCUACAGUCCCUUGACAGCUUGUAUAUAACCAAAUCCAGUGACAAGAAGUCAACAAUAGUCAACUACAUUGUGGAGGUGGUCAAUGAGAAGUACAAGGAACUCAAGGGGUUUGAAACCGAGCUAAAAUAUAUUGACAAGGCUGCUCAGUUCUCACUGGAGAACAUACUGACGGACGUCCAGGAGUUGGAGAAGGGGAUGAACUUGACCUUAAAGGAGCUGGCAGCCAGGCAGGCCAACACCUCAACCUCCUCCAAGCAGCAGCAGAACCUUGUCCUCAAGGACUUCGCUGACAACGCAAAGGAGUUACUGACAAAACUAUCAGCUGACGCGAGCAGCGCAAAGGCCGCGUUUACGGAUUGUUUAGAGCACUACGGGGAGAGCAAUAAAUCAAUGGAUUCCAACGCAUUCUUUGCAAUUCUUCUCCGGUUCAUCAACGGGUGGAAAAACGCGGAGAUGGAGAAUGAGAAGAAGAAGAAGUUGGAGAAGGCGAGACAGUUGGCCGCGGUGCAGAACAACAACGAUAUGGCGAGCGUUGUUACGAAGAAUAAUUUUAAUAACAAGAAGCAGGCAAUGUUGAUCUCAGACGAGAUUAAGUCGAGAAACCGGAAGCAAAUGAUUAAACCGGAAGAAGUGAAGGACGGAACCCUGGAACAGAUAAUCAUGGAUAUAAAAGCUGUUCCCUACAGGACCAAUGAUGCCAUGCGUCGUUCCGUUAGAAGGAACACUGAUCUAAAUCGUCUGAUGUCCCGGCCUUUUGAUGAAGAUUUGUGACGAACUUGGAGAUCCAGGGCCCCAACAAAAUAAGAACUUAGAAAUUCAGGGCCCCAUCAAAAACAACCUGAAAAUUCAAGGUCCCAACAAAAAAGAACAACAAAUUAAAACUAAAAUGUAAAAAUCCAGAGCCCCAAUAAAAUAAAAACCUGGAGGCCCAGAGCCCCACAACAACAAACAAAGCAAGUAGUAGAGCCCAAAUAAAAUUAGACAGCUAAAAUUUGUUGACCUAAAAUGUAGAUAUAUAAUAUAAUAACUAUUGGAAUACUAAUAAAGAGUCUUUGGGUGUAAU